AAUCUGCAGAAAAUGUCGAAAUUGAAACUGAGACGGAGAUCGCGAAAGUCAAAAAAUCAAUAGAUAAUGUCGAAACCGAAAAUUCUACUGCGGAGACUGAAGAACCUACAGAAAAUAUCAAAAUUCAGUCCGAGACCGAGAUAAUGAAUGCCGUAAUUGAAACCUCGACUGUGGAAACUGAAGAAUCUGCAGAAAAUGUCGAAAUUGAAACUGAGACAGAGAUCGCGAAAGUCAAAAAAUCAAUAGACAAUGUCGAAACUGAAAAUUCGACUGCAGAGACUGAAGAACCUAAUGGUAAAAUUCAGAACAAGACCGAGAUUAUGAAUGAUGUAAUUGAAAAUUCGACUGGGGAGACCGAAGAAUCUGCAGAAAAUGUCGAAACUCAAACCGAAACAGAGAUCAUGGAAGUCGAAAAAUCUAUAGAGAAUGCCGAAAUCGAAAUUUCAGCUGCGGAGACUGUAGAGUUUACAGAAAAUUUGACCGGAAUCAUGAUGGCCGAGAAGUCUGCAGGUAAUGCUGAAACCGAAGAAUCUACUGUGGAGGCCAAAGAAAAUGUCGAAAUUGAAACCGAGACCAAGGUCAUUAAGGCCGUGAAGUCUACAGGUGAUUCCGAAACCGAAGCCUCUGCUGUAGAGAGUGAAGAGAUCAAAAUUGAAACCGAGACCGAGAAGUUUACAAAUCAUGCCGAAACAGAAGCCUCAGUCGUAGAGACUGAAGAUAAUGUUGUUGAAAUUAAAACCUCGGCUGCGGAGUCUACAGAAAACGGGGAAAUUGUAACGGAUUAUGCCGAAAUUCAAACUUUGAAUGUGAAGACUGUAAAGUCUACAGAAAAUAUAAAAACUGAGCCCGAAACCGAGAUCAUGGAGUCCGAGAAAUUCACCGACGAUUCCGAAAUCGAAGCCUUGGUUGUGGAGACUGAAGAAAAUGUCGAAAUUGAGGCCGAGAUUAAGAUCAUGGAGGUCGAGAAAUCCACAGGCGAUGUCAAAACUGAAGCCUCGGCUGUGGAUGUUGAAAAUAAUAUUGAAAUCGAAACCCCAGCCAUGGAAUAUACAGAAAACGUAGAAAUUGCAACCGAGACCGAGAUCACGAAGGUCGAAAAAUCUAUAGUUUAUCCCGAAAUUGAAACCUCGACUGGGGAGACUGAAGAAUCUACAGAAAAUAUUGAAAAUGAACUCGAGACCGGGGUCAUGAAGUCUGAGAAAUCAACAGACGAUGCUGAAAUUAAAACCUCGGCUGUGGAGACUGAAGAGUCUACAGAAAAUGUCGAAAUCAAGGCUACAGAAUCUAUUGAAGAGUCUUCAGAGAUUGUGAAUGCAAACUUUGAGUCUUCGGCCGUAACAACCGUGGAACCUACGAAUAAUAUUGAAACUGAAACCUCGAUAGUUAUAGUCGAUGAAUCUGCCGAGAAUACCGAAAUUAAAACCUCCACAGUAGAGAUCGAGGAGUCUUUGGAAAGUAUUAAGCCCGAAACAGAGACUAUAAAGACUGAGGAAUCUGUGAAUGUUGAAACUGAAAUAGAAAUUAUAAAGCCAAAAGGACUUUCCGAGAAUGUUGUAACUGGUGUUGAAAUAAUAGAGACUGAGGAGUCUUCAGAGAACACGGAGAACUUUGAAACCAAAACCGAAAAGUAUUUGGAAAAUGAUGAAAUCGAACAUGAGACUUUCCCUAAUAGUGAGUGGCAUUCGGAAAAUAAUGAGACAGAGACCUGGACCAUAAAAACCUGGGAUUCUUUGGAGAAUGCUAAACCCGAAACAAAGACCUCUGAGACUCGAGAAUUUUCAGUUUUGACAUUAUCUAUAGAUUUUUCGACUUCCAUGAUCUCUGUUUCGGUUUUAAUUUCAACAUUUUCUGUAGAUCCUUUGGCAUCCGCAAUUGAAGUUUCAAUUAUGGUAUUCGUGAUCUCGGUCUUGGUCUGA